AUGUACGCACGCCAGUUUGCCUUGCUGGCUCUGCUCUGCCCGGCUGCCUUGUCAUCAUCUGCCGUGGCAGCCCCGCAGGAUGGUGAUGGUGAUGGUGUUUUUGGCGGUGGUCAGCACGUAAUCGCCGACCCGGAGCCGGCCGACUUCAGCUGUGACCUCCCCGAGCCCCUGGCUCCGUCCGGCGAUGGCCUCCCAUCCGCCGACGACUUGUUCGGCUCCCAUGAUGCUCUCCUGAAGCAGGUGAAGCGACACGCGGCCCUUGUCAAGGUGCCGUCCAUUUGCUAUGAUGAUCUGGGCGACUUUGACAAGGAUGAGCGCUGGGCGCCCUUCUACACUUUCCAUGAGGUCCUUGCCGAGACAUUCCCCCUGAUCCAUUCUCACUUCACGAUUGAGAAGGUCAAUACCUUCGGACUCGUCUACACCCUCAAAGGGAGUGAUAGCUCACUUAAGCCUCUCAUGCUCACUGCCCACCAGGAUGUGGUGCCGGUUGCUGACCCAACUACAUGGACAUAUCCUCCAUUCUCUGCCCAUUUUGACGGAACUUGGCUGUGGGGAAGAGGUGCCUCAGACGAUAAGAAUAGCAUGACCGGUCUCCUAUCCGCCGUAGAAGGGCUUCUGGCUGAGGGCUUCACACCCAAACGGACUAUCCUUCUCGCCUUCGGCUUCGACGAAGAAUGCAGUGGCAGAAGGGGCGCAGGCUCCAUCGCCCGCCACCUGGAGGCCAUCUACGGCAACGACAGCAUCGCGAUCAUCCUGGACGAGGGCGGCAUGGGCCUGCAGCUGCUCGACGGCGACGCGCUCUACGCCCUGCCCGCCGUCAUGGAGAAGGGCCACGUCGACGUCUGGUUCGAGCUGCACGUCGUCGGCGGGCACAGCUCCGUGCCGUUCCCGCACACGGGCAUCGGCAUCGUCUCCGAGAUCGUCGCCGCGCUCGAGUCCCGCCCGUACGAGCCGCUGCUCACAAAGGGCAGCCCCAUCUACAACCACUUCGUGUGCCAGGCGCGCUACAGCCCCGACGCCGAGCCGAAGAUCACGAAGCUCCUGAAGGAGGGCGACCUGAAGGCGCUAACGGACGAGCUGGUCAGUAUCGAUCGUCCUACACAUUUCCGGCUGCAGACUAGCCAGUCGGUGGAUUAUAUCAGCGGAGGGCAGAAGAUCAAUGCCAUGCCUGAAGUCAUCAAGCUUGGAGUUAAUUACCGCGUGGCGCCGCAGAAUUCUAUCCCUGAGAUUCAGCAUAACAUUGUCAAGUACAUCCAGCCCAUCGUCGAGAAGUAUCGCCUAACAGUGAAGCCGUUCGAAGGAGACAAGGGCUACGAGGACUACAAGUCGGUGUACGAGAGUGCUAGCAUUGAGGCUCUGGAGGACGGUGUGAAGCCGUUUUAUGAGGUUGAUUACAAUGGCACUCUGGUUCUCACGUCAAGCCAGCAAACACUCGUUGCGCCCGUGUCCCCGACUUCUGGUGCUGUGUGGGAUGUCUUCUCCGGAACGAUCCAGCAUUCGUUCGCGUUUGAGGGAGGCAAGGUUAUCCCAACCGGAGAACUGAUGACUGGAAAUACUGACACCCGUCAUUAUCUUGGUUUGACACGUAAUGUUUAUCGAUGGACGCCAACAAGACAGGGCGGCAGUGAUGGUGUGCAUACCAUUAACGAGCGUAUCAACAUGACAGUUCACAUGGAGGCUGUGAGGUUCUAUUACAACUUGGUGAGAAACUUUGACGCUUCUGAUGCCUGA